AUUAAUAAUUAAUAAAUAAAUAAAUCAGUGAGUAAUCAUCCGAAUGAGUGAGUAAAAAGUAAAUGACGAUUGUCUAUAGAAUAUUAUUUUAUCGUGAUGGAAUUUCCAUCAAAUAUUAGUGAGUUGGCCAAUAAUUUGACUGUAACAGCCCUAAAUGCGUCAACUCAUUCAGAACUUAAUUUACCGUAUACAGUUUGCGAGAUUUUGGUGGCAGUGUGUGCAGUGUUUGGUAACGGUUUGGUAAUCAUCGUCUUCAGCAAAGAGAAAAAACUUCGUCGACGAACUAAUUAUUAUAUCAUCUCUUUGGCUACAGCUGAUCUUUUAGUCGGAUUGUUCGCAAUACCUUUUGCUAUUUUAGCUAGCAUUGGUUUACCGAAGAAUUUACAUGCUUGCUUGUUCACCGUUUCUGUGUUGAUUGUUCUUUGUACGAUCAGUAUCUUCUGUCUAGUGGCGGUGUCCGUAGAUCGUUACUGGGCAAUACUUCAUCCCAUGGGAUAUUCCCGCACUGUACGAACUAAAACUGCCAUAGGUAUAAUCUGCGUAUGUUGGAUCGCUGGUACACUAGUUGGUUUUCUACCGCUAUUAGGAUGGAACGCAGGCAAGAAAUCCAACGAGAAAUGCAUCUUUACCGAAGUGAUGGAUUACGAUUACUUGGUGUUUCUAUACUUUGCCACGAUCAUUUUUCCCGCGCUAUUAAUUGCUGCCUUCUACGCCCAUAUAUACCGAGUAGUCGUAAAACAGUUGCAACAAAUUGUAACGAUGAAUCCAGGUCGUCGUACCGGAAAUCAGACAACUGGAACCAUGUUACGUUUACUUGGCGCCGCCAGGAAGCGUGAAGUAAAAGCGACACAGAAUCUGUCACGCAUUGUAAUCUUUUUCAUCAUCUGUUGGAUCCCACUGUAUACCAUUAACUGUGUGAUGGCAUUCUGUCCAUGGUGUAGGGUAAACGAUGUUGUUAUGAAUUUUUGUAUAAUUCUAUCGCAUUUAAACUCGGCGGGUAACCCAUUACUCUAUGCUUACCAUUUGAAAGACUUUCGUGCAGCGCUUAAAAACUUCAUGUGGAAUCUUCUAUUUCCACACAAUAAUAUGAAAUCUAGUGUGGUUAGCGUAAUUCAUGAACGUGGUUCUUUAGUUGAUUCUCAAAGGCAAUAUCAUAGACAAAUUGGUGGACUAUCAUCUUCGAAAAGACCGACAUCAAGUUUAUUGCGUCAGGUAACUGAUGUCAGAUCGAAAGGAUUAUCCGUGUCUCGAGAUAUUUCGAUUCGAGAUAAAGAAACCGGAAAUGCGUCAAGUUCUUCGCAGAGUGACAAACAGGAAGAUGAUAAUAUGAGUCAAAAUAGCAACGAAUUUCAACGAAACGAAAGUGACAAAUUUGAAAAUAACAGGAUUGAUUCGAAUAUUUCGAAAUCAUCCUCUCAUAUUACUUCAAUGGAAUUACAAACUUAUAAACCUUUAAUGCCGCUUCUUCCGGCAGAAAUAGAUAACGUUGAAGAAACACCACCCGCAUCCAUUUUUGUAAUUGAAGUGGAUGUAAAUCACAUGGAAUCUGUUCAUAAAAAGGUUAAUGAAGAAUUGACAGAAAACAAAGACAAAGGUUGAUAAAUUUCUUCAAUAUUUUUAAUCUUGAAAAAUUGAUCAGAUCUUGAAUCAAUCCAAUCUAAAAAUCGGUGGAUAAUAACAAUUUCAAUAUUAAUAAUAUAAAUUAUUCUUAAUAAAACGGUAUGAUAAUUAUUAUUU